GGACUGUUGCUGAGCUGCGGUGAGAGCUGCGUUCUCAAGCCCUUGUGUUCGUGCUUGGAGAUCCCGGGCAGAGGAUGACCCGUCAUGGGAAGAACUGCACUGCAGGUGCUGUGUACACGUAUCAUGAGAAGAAAAAAGACACUGCGGCCUCAGGCUAUGGAACUCAGAAUGUGCGACUGAGUCGGGACGCGGUCAAGGACUUUGACUGUUGCUGCCUCUCGCUGCAGCCCUGCCAAGACCCUGUGGUCACGUGAGCUGGGGAAGGGUUGGGUCCUUGGUCCUUGUCUCCAUCCCCAUUCCGUUCCUGCCACCAAGCCCAGCACCCCACACAGUGGGCACUUAAGACAAACACAUUCAGCUCCAACUACUUCUUCCACUCCUCUUUUGCCCAGGCCAUUCUCCAUGCCUAGAAUGUACUUCCUCCUUGGCCUGGACCUGCCCUUUAGGUGCUUACAUUCUAGUGGGGCAUGCAGCAUGGUGAAGGGUCAACAGAGACGGGCAGAGUGGGUUUGCAGCAGGGGCAGGGAUGGCAAACAGCUAAAGAAAUCAGAAGACCUCUUGGAGUAGGUGGCCUUUGAGUUCAGCCUUGUAAGGAGGGAGCUGGAUGCUUGGGUCCAGGUUGAUGGGGAGCAGGGAGGGGCUCCAGACUCUAGGAGGAAGCUCUCCUGGCCCUGGACCCCCCAGCGUGCCCAUGCUGCUCCUGUGCUCCCCAGGCUAUGGGCCCUCAUCUCUCUGUUAGAUUGCAGGCUCACUGAGGCCCUCCUUAUGUUGUAUCUGGUGGGUGUUCCCUGCACAUGGCAUAUAACAAGUUCAGUCAGUGUUGGGUGUAUGGGGGGUACACACACACACACACACACACAAGCUCUGGAGCAUCUCUGCAUGUGCCCUGGUCUUUAUGUGGCUGCUGGGUCUCCAGGAGCAUCUCCUAUUUCUGUGGUGACACCGUCCACCCUUGUGCCUUGCAGCCCUGACGGCUUCCUGUAUGAGCGUGAAGCAAUUCUGGAGUAUAUCCUGCAUCAGAAGCGCGAGAUUGCCCGGCAGAUGAAGGCAUAUGAAAAGCAGCGAGGUGCCCAGCAGGAGGAGCGGCGGGAGCUGAGCCGGGCAGCUGCCCAGGACCAGCUUCGGGGCUUUCUGGAGAAGGAGGCAGCCAUCGUCAGCCGGCCCCUCAACCCUUUCACCCCUCGCCCGGGGGCCAGCUCAGGAGAGCCUCAGCCAGGACCCACCUCAGGCCCUGAGGCUGGGGACAAGGAGAAGGCAAAGGAGUUACCCAGUUUCUGGAUCCCAUCACUGACGCCUGAAGCUAAGGCCACCAAGCUAGAGAAGCCGUCGCGCAUCGUGACAUGCCCGAUGUCAGGGAAGCCCUUGCGCCUGUUGGACCUCACGCCUGUCCACUUCACACCUGUGGAUGGCUCCGUGGACAGGGUGGGACUGAUCACUCGGAGUGAGCGCUAUGUCUGCGCGGUAACACGGGACAGCCUGAGCAACUCUACCCCCUGUGCCGUCCUGCGGCCUUCGGGGGCUGUGGUGACUGUGGAGUGUGUGGAGCGUCUGAUCCGCAAAGACAUGGUGGACCCCAUCAGCGGGCUCCCACUAACGGACAAGGACAUCAUCCUGCUGCAGAGGGGCGGCACUGGCUUUGCCGGUUCUGGGGUACAGCUGGAGGCGAAGAAGUCUCGCCCUGUAAUGCAGGCCUGAAGGGGCCCAGUAGGGGAGGGGGGAGGGGGGAGGGACUGGUUCUGGAUGGAACAAAUGGGUGAUAAACGUGUUGGCCUCUGGUUCCCUGGCACCCAGACAUCCCGCUGCCUGCCCAGCUCUGGGCCCCACCCCCACCCCACCCCUGCAAAAUAGGUCAAACUACAAGAACUUGAGGCCUCAGCUUUUAUUGUAAACCCCUCCCCCUCCCACCCAUCCUCUGUGGUCAGAAUGUGGGUUUUGAGGCCUGGAGGGAAGGGCUAAGGAAAAUCAGUCCUUCCUGCUAGGUUGGGGCUCAGAUUGUCUACACUCUUGUGUUUGGGGGCCCCAGUGGUGAUCCGAAUGCUGCAGGCCAGGCCUGCUUGUGACCAGGAAAAGCUUGGGGAAUUUGGGCCCCCACAUAUGCCCAGAAAGGGUCCAGAGAGGAAAUGUAUCCAGGGGAUCCACAGAAGAUGCUCAGAGCCUCCAGUUAGGACUCCCAGGCCCUAGGGCUAUGAAGAUGGGCCCCCAAGUUCUCUACCAGGAAUCCUGGGGCUCCUUAGCUUGGGUGGCUAGGAACGGGACAGGUUCAAGCAGAGUUGUGGCUCACCCUGGACCUGGCCCAUAUCCCUUUGCAUGUUUAGUGCCUAGCCUAGUGCUUGGCACACAGUCACUGUUUAAUAAAUGAGGUUUUGUUGACUA